CAGGUGCGCCUGCGCAGAAGCGAGGCGAGCCGGGGAGCUGGAGCAGUUCUCUGGCAGGCGGCGCCAUUUUGUGCUAGGAGCUGAGAGAACCCCGGCCCGGUUCUGUGUGAAGUGGGUGGUAGAGCCCGGGUCCCUGGAAUGGCGGAGACUCUCUCAGGCCUAGGCGAUUCGGGUGCGGCGGGCGCUGCGGCUCUGAGCUCCGCCUCGUCUGAGACCGGGACGCGGCGCCUCAGCGACCUGCGGGUGAUCGAUCUGCGGGCGGAGCUGAAGAAACGGAACCUGGACUCGAGCGGCAACAAGAGCGUUUUGAUGGAGAGGCUCAGAAAGGCAAUUGAAGAUGAAGGGGGUAAUCCUGAUGAAAUUGAAAUUACCUCUGAAGGAAACAAGAAGACAUCAAAAAGAUCUAGCAAAGGACGUAAACCAGAAGAAGAAGGUGUGGAAGAUAAUGGGCUGGAGGAAAAUUCUGGGGAUGGACAGGAGGAUGUUGAAGCCAGUUUGGAGAACUUGCAGGACAUUGACAUGAUGGAUAUCAGCGUGUUAGAUGAAGCAGAAAUCGAUAAUGGAAGUGUUGCAGAUUGUGUGGAAGAUGAUGAUGCUGAUAAUCUCCCAGAGUCUCUGUCUGAUAGUAGAGAGCUAGAGGGAGAAAUGAAAGAGCUUCCUGGGCAACUUCAAGAACAUGCUCUAGAGGACAGAGAAACUAUAAAUAACUUAGAUACUUCAUCAUCUGACUUCACUAUAUUACAGGAAAUUGAAGAGCCAUCCUUGGAGCCAGAAAAUGAGAAAAUACUCGACAUUUUGGGGGAAACUUGUAAAUCUGAGCCAGUAAAAGAAGAAGGUUCCGAGGGCACAGAAGCCUCUAGCGAGGAGGUCGCAGAAGCGCCCCAGGAAGCCUCAAGCCCAGACCCCAGAGAUAGCAAAGAAGACGUGAAGAAGUUUGCUUUUGAAGCUUGUAAUGAAGUCCCUCCGGCUCCUAAAGAGUCCUCAGCCAGUGAGGGCGCUGAUCAGAAAAUGAGUUCUGUCGAAGAUGACUCGGAUACAAAACGACUUUCCAAAGAGGACAAAGGUCGUAGCAGUUGUAGAAAUUUCUGGGUUAGUGGACUUUCUUCCACCACCAGAGCUACAGAUUUGAAGAAUCUUUUCAGCAAAUAUGGAAAGGUGGUGGGUGCCAAGGUUGUGACAAAUGCUCGGAGUCCUGGAGCUCGCUGCUACGGCUUUGUGACAAUGUCCACAGCGGAAGAGGCCACAAAAUGCAUUAACCACCUGCACAAGACUGAGCUCCACGGGAAGAUGAUCUCAGUGGAAAAGGCAAAAAAUGAGCCUGCUGGAAAGAAAACCUCUGACAAAAGAGACGGUGAAGGGAAAAAAGAGAAGUCCAGCACCAGUGACAGAUCAGCAAACCUUAAAAGGGAAGAUAAAGCUGACAGGAAGGAUGAUGCUAAAAAGGGUGAAGAUGGAAGUGGAGAAAAGAGUAAAGAUCCAGAUGAUCAGAAACCUGGCCCUUCAGAGCGAUCUCGAACCACAAAAUCAGGUAGUCGAGGAACCGAGCGGACUGUAGUAAUGGAUAAAUCUAAAGGUGUGCCUGUUAUUAGUGUCAAAACAUCGGGAUCCAAAGAGAGAGUUUCUAAGAGCCAGGAUCGCAAAUCAGCCAGCAGAGAGAAGCGGUCUGUUGUGUCCUUUGAUAGAGUCAAAGAGCCUCGGAAAUCAAGAGACUCCGAGUCCCGCAGGUUGCGUGAGCGCAGUGAGCGGGAGCAGCGCAUGCAGGCACUGUGGGAGCAGGAGGAGCGGGAGCAGCUGGAGUAUGCCCGGGAGAGGCUGGCAUUCCAUCGGCACCGCCUGGAGCGGGAGCGCAUGGAGCGGGAGCGGCUAGAGCGCGAGCGCAUGCACGUAGAGCACGAGCGCAGGAAGGAGCAGGAGCGCAUUCACCGAGAGCGGGAGGAGCUGUGGCGCCAGCAGGAGCUGCGCUAUGAGCAGGAACGGCGGCCCGCUGUGCGGAGGCCCUAUGACGUGGACGGCCGGCGAGACGAUGCCUAUUGGCCAGAAGCCAAGAGAGCUGCCCUGGAUGAGCGUUACCAUUCUGAUUUCAGCCGCCACGACCGCUUCCAUGAUUUUGACCACAGAGACCGGGGCCGCUACCCUGACCACUCAGUAGACAGGAGAGAAGGUUCAAGGUCAAUGAUGGGAGAAAGAGAAGGACAGCAUUAUCCUGAACGCCACGGAGGACCAGAGCGCCAUGGACGGGACUCCCGUGACAGGUGGGGUGGAUAUGGCUCUGACAAGAGGAUGAGCGAGGGCCGGGGACUGCCUCCUCCACCCAGGGACAGACGUGACUGGGGGGACCAUGGCCGAAGAAUUGAGGAUGACCGUGCAUGGCAGGGCGCUACUGAUGGAGGCAUGAUAGACAGGGACCAUAAGAGGUGGCAAGGUGGUGAGAGAAGCAUGUCUGGUCACUCUGGGCGAGGUCACAUAAUGAACCGGGGAAGGAUGUCAGGGCGUGGCAGCUUUACCCCAGCUGGGGCCUCUCGGGGUCACGUGAUCCCGCGUGGUGGAAUGCAAGGUGGAUUUGCUGGCCAGAGCCGGGGCAGCCGACCCAACGACGCUCGCUUCACUCGCCGCUACUAAGUGCUUGGAAUCCUGUGUUCCGUCACAUGGCAACCAGAGUAUGUUCUUUUAGGAGUUAUCUUAAACUGUGUACAAUAUCUUUUUUUUUUUUAACUGCUGCCAUAUUGUAGCUCGAUACAAUGUGAAUUUGUUUUUUGGGUUUUUUUUUUGUAAUAAAUGUGUUUCUGUCCACAUAUCCUUUA